AUGAGUAAAUUUGUUUCAGCUGUGGCUGUCUCCGUAUUGAAUGCGAGGCAUAUAUCAACACUUUUCGAGAACAGUUUACACUUUUCUCAUCUGGCUGACGUGGAGAGAGAACUUUCCUACAGGACAGAAAUGAGCAAGAAAACGAAGUGGUCGUCUAUUGAAUCUCCAACUAAGUCCGUAGGCAAGACAACACUCAUCAAAACGGUUCCCGGACAUUCCACGAUUACACUUCCUGAACUUUGGGAUCUGAACAUGAAAUUUUGGAUAUUAACCAGCUCCACAGUGAAUGAAAGCAAGGAGAAAACCAUCAAGGAUGCCCUGAAUAACAGCCCAGGAUCGGACGAGCAAUCGAAGAAGCGAGACAGUGCUAUGCUGACGAGAGUGCAGUCAGAGCGUGAGACAAGAAGAAGACCAGCUAGAACAAAAGCGAAACGGCAUAGGUCGGACCUCUUCAGGAAUGAGUGGUGCAACUCGUAA